AAGUAACCCCAUUGACCAACCUUGCUGUUACUUAUGGCUAUGAGUCUUUUCUUGGCAAAACUCGUCUUCAAGCUGUCUAUAUUUUCUCCGGCGAGCGGUGCUGAUAACCUCGUAGCUCCGAAACGCCGCCAUGGCCGCAGAAUUUGAUGGAAAAAUCGAAAGCAAAGGGCUAAACCCGGGACUGAUCGUCCUUCUUGUAAUAGGAGGGUUGCUACUGACAUUCCUUGUAGGAAACUUCAUCCUUUACACAUACGCACAGAAGAAUUUACCUCCGAGGAAGAAGAAACCCGUUUCUAAGAAGAAGAUGAAGAAAGAGAAGAUGAAGCAAGGCGUCCAAGUUCCUGGCGAGUAGCUUUUGUUAUAUGUUGUCGGGAUUAUCCUUUGAUGAUAACUCACUCUGCUGGACUAGAACUUGUAUGACUCCGUUACUCAUUAGUUUUUUGAUGUUUUCGAUGUAGCAUGCAUGAUAUUUUCUUGAGUUGACAAUCUAUAAGCUUUACUGAGAUAAUUUCAUUAGAAGACAAAAUAUGAAACUGAUUGUUUUUUUGCAAUUAAUCAGAAAAGUCAACAAAGCCAACAUUGACCUGCACAAGCAAACACACUAACAAAAGAUAUUUUGAAGUUCCCAAAUUCAUAAUCGUUAGCUGUAGUACUAAAAUUAGCAAUCUAAAUCUCUAGACAAGUCAGGACUGAUGAUUUCUGAUGGUCUUGGAUUCUUCUGGUGAAUAUAUUAUAUAUAAGAAUAACUAAUCAACUGAGUCAGGUCUAGU